CAAAGGCCUCUUCCUCUGGGCCCACCGAUCUCACGGUCUGUCCUCUCCCCCCUCCACAUCUCCGAGUCUCUUCCAACCAUGGCCACCGCCGCCGCUUCGCCGCCGCCGACCGCCACCGAGGACAACGUCCGCCUCCUUCUCCCUGGAUUUCUCUCCCCCGAGACCUGCAAGGAGCUGGAGUUCGUGCACCGGAGCUGCGGGACGGCGGGGUACCGGCCUUCGGUGGUGUCUACAUCGCUGCCGCAUCUGGCUGCCACCGGCUGUGGCCACCUACUCCUCCCCUUCGUGCCCAUCCGCGAGCGACUCCGCGACGCCGUCGAGUCCUUCUUCUCUUGCCACUUCGACCUCUUCGUCGAGUUCACCGGACUAGUCAGUUGGUGCAAGGGGGCUUCUAUUGGAUGGCACAGUGACGACAACAAACCUUAUCUUAGGCAAAGAGCCUUCACGGCUGUGUGCUACUUGAACAAUCAUGGAAAGGACUUUAAGGGUGGACUGUUGAAGUUUCAGGAUGGUGAACCCUCCUCUGUUAUUCCAGUUGCUGGUGAUGCUGUCAUCUACACUGCUGAUAAUCGUAAUGUCCAUUGUGUAGAUGAGGUAACUGAGGGUGAAAGGCUGACACUUACUCUUUGGUUCACUAGAGAUAGUUCUUUUGAUGAGGAUCCAAAGCUCCUUAGUUUUCUAUCCCAGACAUCACUGAGCUAUGAGCCAGCUGAUCAGAACUCUUACAUUCCUUUGCCAGCCUCAGAUAACAUGUACUGGUUUUCCUAUGAUCAGUCUGGCUUUGACAUACGAUGUGCUAGAAUACGCAUUCUUGGGUUUAGUUUUCGUGCAAGCAGCGAUAAAGACAGCAAGAGUACAUGUGCUGCACCAGCUGAUGACCCCAUAGAGUUGCUUGGGAAGCCACUGCGAAUUGGGAGGGCAGAUGAUGUCUUUGGGAAGAUAUUUGCCAACAGCUUGCACGCUCUUCAGGUGGUGCAAUUUUACUACUGGAAAGCACCUGAGCUGGCAGCAAGGAGAAACCAGACUACUGGUGGUUCAGAAACAGUUUGCUACCCUACUAUACAAGUACAGCAAUCAAGUGGAACGGAACUUCCAUUACUGUGUAACCAUGGACUUGCACAAACCAUAUUUGGAUCAUAUAGCAGUGUGGAUUCUGUUAUUGAAUGGGAUGAUGUUGUGUUAGCACUUGAUAUGUGGGAGAAUUAUUCAGAAGAAUUGAGGAGAAAGUUGUCGAUAUUCUUGCCAAAUUGGCUGUCCAACGGAACCAUUUUUGUUGUAGAUCCCUCCGAGCCCACCCAGGUAUGUGGUGAAGGGAACUAAACACUGCCCUUAUAAAAAUUAAAAUUAUAGUAACAUAACAAUGGCGUUAGGUAGCAUUACGUCUGAUGUGGCCGUGGAGAGUUUUGGAUUUAACUGUUGCUCAUUGGGGUAAUUUCUAAGAUGGAUUCGCUGGUAUUAAAACAUUAUGGAAGACCGUUCCUUGAUAUAUGUAUUUCAGACAGCUUUCAUGUGGCUUAGUAUAGACCUAUUCUGUUUUAUAGAA